AUGGAUGAAUCUCUUGACAAAUCGACGCUUCACCCCGUCAGAUUCGACUCAAAAUAUGAUGUCGCACUCCUCAAAGACGUCCUAGGCUACUCGCCGCACGUCAAGGCGAAACAGGCGCGGCGAGAGGCCUGGGAGAAUGUCCACAUGGACUUUCAGAAAUAUGUCGUCCAAGACAACAAGCACUCAACGUUGAGACAGUGCCAGGACCGGUUGAAGUAUCUUGUGACGAAACCCAAGUUCAUGGAGGUGGACGAGGGAGACGAUUUUUCGUACGAACGUCGCGAGCUCUUGGCGAAGUUGGCGUACGAGGUGAAGCAGUUUGAGGAGUCGUUCCUGACGCCAGUGGCAAAGCUGCGCAAGACUGCGGGCGAAAUCGUGUUCCGUGCGACACCCGAGCGUAGGCGUACGCGCGACGACUCCGACUCUGAUCUUGACCCUGAGUUGCCUGCUUCUGCGCUCGCCGUCAUGAAUAGCAAGCGCCCCAGAAGUGACGCGCUUACCGCCUUGAGUACCAAGCAUCCCAGAAGCGAUGCAAUGAUGUCUGACGAGCAGUUUUUGGUCGAACUCGCGGAGCGGUUGCUGGCCGCGGAGCGCACGCGUAUAGACGUGACGCGCGAAAUCGUGCGCGAGGAGUGCGCACGUAUGAAACGCGAGAUUGUCGAAGACAUCCUUGCCGCGCUCAAGGGGGGUGAAGCGAACGGUGAGGCUAACGGCGAGGCGAGCGCGUAGCGAACACGCAGCGUGAGCAAGCUCCAUGUGUACUAUAAUUAAAGGUUGCGAAGGAAAAGUGAGCAAGCGUGUAGGUUGAAUGAGGUAUUGGGGGGGAUUUCGAGUAUAAUUAAAUGACUGGGGAGUAUGGAUGUUAGGAAGGGCCAUCCUCGUCUGUUUAACGUAACAAUGCACCAGGACUGUAUCUGGAUUGCUUUUCUAAACCAUGGUUUAAAAGACUACUAAAUAAGGAGGUUAAUGGGAGUUUCUG